AUGGCGAUGAAGCGUGGUUUGGUUGGGGAUGAUGACCCGUUAGCUGGUAUAGGUUUAGAUGAGGAGGAUCGUUUUGAUGAUCGCAAGGACUUGUCAACACCAAAGGCUCUUGUUGAUGAGAUUGCCAAGAACGGUGUUCAGGCGACUAAUUGGUGCCCGCUCACUGAGAAACUUAUUGUGCAGACGAAAGACGAAUUAACAGUUUUCUGGGUGAUCAAUAAUUGGCAUAACGAAAUACUGAAAGAACCGCCAAAGUUCGAUGCAUUUCUCGAGGAAGGGAACACAUUAAAGAAUCGUUUUCCGAACGUUAUUCUUUACGAUAAAACAAGGGUGAAGUUGAAGGGAAAAUCUGGACAGGAUUAUUAUCAUGCGUCUUAUGUGGACUCUUAUGAGAAAGCACGUGACUACAUCUUGGCUCAAGCACCAUUCGAUAGCACCACAGAAUUCGACUUCUGGAGACUUGUCUAUCAAGUACGACCUCGAUUAAUAGUCUUGUUAACAGCCAUUGAAGAUAAAGAUGGAACGGCUAUCAUUAGAAAAUUCUUUCCAGCCCAAAAACAGCAAAGGGACUUUGGAGAUGCCAAACCAAUCAGUGUGCAGUGCGUUCGGGUCGACCAGGACAAGGAUACCGAUACUUGCGAUAUCCGUUUAAUUGGUCCGGGCCAACGAUCCAAUACAGCUUUAAAAAUACCGUUGAUACACUAUAAAAAAUGGGUUGAUGACAACAACAUACCUGAUAACCUACUUGAAUUCCGCGCUCUCGUGAAAAUAGCAAAUGCGAAAUCGAAAAAGAAUGGUCGGACUGGACCAAUGAUAAUCGUAUGUCCGAGUGGUGUUCAUCGUUGCGGUACGUUCGCGGUACUAGAUAUUGUCCUCGAUAGGCUCAGCACCGAGAAGAAGGUUGGUCUGCUUGAAACGACAAAUAUCGUACGAAAUCAACGCUACGGAUGUAUGACGUAUUUUUCGCAUUACAAUCACAUUGCUGAUCUGAUUGUACGACAAGCCGUCUCAUCGGGCAUUGCGAAUGUUGACUGCAUUGGUAAUAAAGCAUAA